UCGACCCUUCAGCCCUAUCGACGUCGUUUGGCUUGGAGCAGAUCCAACAGAACAAACAAAACAAACAGAACAAACAUUGCGGAACCCAACUUCCUGCUCCGCCAGAAAACGCAUCGCGAUGUUGGCGCAUUGCGCAUGAUCAAGGGGUCGCCCCUCAACUUCAAAUACUGUCUAACUAACCCUCUUCAAUUGGCUGCUGACUUCUCCAAUAACCCAACCCAUGAACUGAGGAAGCAGGAAAGGAACACCGGUCGUCUGUGAUCUCCCCCGGCGGGCGUCUCUAGUAGCCAUGCUCCCCAAACAGGGCCCUGCUCCAGUUAAACCCCCUCCGGCUCGCAAAGGCACAAUUAUAAAGCCACACAAAGAGUCAGCACCGCCUACCCCUUCCCCUUCUACCGCCUCCACCACUCCUCACCCUACAUACGACGCCCCUUCAGCAGAAACGCACGUAAAGACCAACCUCGUAAACCGCAAAUUGGAAGCCGCAGAGUAUACGAAAAUCAUUGAACGGUUAUCCCACAAAGCCGCUCCGUCUCACUCCUCUAAUAAUGGGAAAUCCUUCGCUUCAUCUUCAGAAAUCCCGUCGGCAUCAGCCACAGCUUCAUCUUCGUCCAGCUUCUUCCGCUCACCCAGAUUCCGCAGGGCCGCUCUCCGCUUUGGAGGCUACAGCUUACUCGCAAUGGGCGGCCUUGUUCUUCUCUCAGACCACCUCGUGCAGGUGAUGUGGGUGAGUGGCCCGUCAAUGACACCCUGCUUGAACGAGGGGUAUGGCGAGACACAUCUUGUCAAGGACAUGAUAUUAGUAAAAAAGUGGGAACCGGCGAAGAAUCUUAGGAGGGGGAUGGUUGUUACGUUCCCCUCCCACCUCAACCCCUCCCAAACCACCGUUAAACGCAUAAUAGCUCUUGCAGGAGACCGCGUGACACCGCGCAAUCAAUCGGACGGCAGCGCGCAAAUCGUCCCCUGGAAUCACGUUUGGGUGGAAGGUGAUGUAGCCGACGCAAAGAAGACUAUGGACAGUAAUACGUACGGGCCUGUAUCGAUGAGCUUAAUAUCAGGACGGGUAAUGUGUGUGCUGUGGCCGCGGAUGAGGUUGUUGAAGUGGGACGAUUGGGCAAGAGAGGGAGGAGAGCCAGCUGCGAAGAGAUCGAGGGUUGAGGAGGAUGCGGUUAAGGUUGAGAAGCCGUAUAUUGGCGCAUAGUAAUGGCUGGAAUUCUCAAAGCUUUUUCAGUUUGGUUACUGUAUAUUGUAUAUUAUACCAUUUAUCUGUAUAUAUAUGUUGUUGUUAUGAGAAAGAGAGUAUCUGGACGGCUCUCUACUAUGCAUGAAGUUGGGGCUUGCAUUUGGCAUCAAGAUUUUGGUGGCUUAUAGAUAUUCCUCAUUGGAGAUGUAAUGAUAGAAUUGGCACAUCGAGCCAGCCCCUGCACGGUUUAUAUAUAUAACCCAUGCAGUUAGUUGUCUGGUAAUUAUCAUAUAGGGGAGAAAGGAAUUAUGAAAUGAACAGAAUCUUUCUGAACAUGCACCUCCUUAAGAAGAAAAAACAAAAGCUGAACUAUUCCCCUGCGAUGCAUUCGCUAUUAAAAGAACGGGACACAAAGAGAACCAAAAAUAUACUGUACAAUUGCCCUCAUGAACCAGCCGGAUACAGGGAACCCUG